CGGGGACAUUAGUAAUGUUGGUAGCACUACCGUGCUGCCAUCCUCCUUUUGUCGUCCCCUGGCGUCAUCCUCUUGACUGGCCUUGCGUUUGCUGGACUCUUCUGUCUCCUUUUUUAAACCUCGUCUGGUGGCUUCUUCUCUCUUGUGCUUGCAGGCUUCCCAGUCCAAUCCCUACCAAGAAUUCCUCCUUACCUGAAUUGCGUGUCUUCAAGUUUCUCCUGUCCUUAAUUUCAGAUUGUAAAAACUCUGUUUCUUAUAAUCGCUUUUUAGUUUCUCCUGCCCUCAAAUUUCAGACUGUAAAAACUCUGUUUCUUAUCAUUGCUUUUUUUGUCUGAAGAGCUGGUUGCAGCUGAUGUUGUUGUCGGCCGUCUCGCAAUUUGCUACUUGAUCUUAUUUUCUCCUUUGCGGUGUUUAAUGCAAAUGAUGUGAUCUUCUAUCGAGUUCUCCAAAUGUUGUAAUUCAACCGGCGAACUUUUAUUUCCCACAUUACGGAUACUGGUUGCUCAGUGUUUGUGGGUGUUUUUUGUGGAUUUGGGACUACCAGUUUGGUUGGUUUUCAGAUUUCAUCUGAUCCUGCGAUGUUUUUCUAGGUUUGUGUCCUCAGAAUCUUGAAAUUUUGGUUUCAGCUCUCGUGGCCUCGUUACUCCCCCACCCGCUUUUUUUCUAUUCAGAGAAGGAUUUUCUUUCUUCAUUUUUGGCGAAGAAAAUACUGACGCUGUUUGCUUUAGUUUUGCUGGAGAAUAUUUAAUACCCUGGUUUGGCAUUAGAUCUUAAGUGGGUGGGCGUAUUUUUCAUGAUAACAAGUUCAUAAAAUUUGGUACUUUCGACUCUUAGAUUUUUCCUUUUAUUUUGGGAGAUUGGGCUUCAGAUAGCAAUUAAACUUGGUAUUCCUACUUGUCUGCUUUUUGGGUCCUGUCAUGUACGAGAUGCCUAAUAACACCAGUUCACCAGUUGCUUUAGACGAUUCUCCGGAGCAAAAACUCUACGAGGCUUUCGUUUUCUCAGUACCCAUCUUCUUCACAUUCAUUCUUUUGUUUCUCUUCUAUUUCUUCUACCUCAGACGCCAAAGGGUCGAUUGGUCAUCCUUGCGAAUGAGGAAUACAGGUUCAGGCCAAGCUGGAGUGGUCAUUACGGCUGUUUCUCAGCCUCCGGAGGUGGGACUGAAAAAGGAGAUCAGGGAGAUGCUCCCAGUAAUCAUUUUCAAGGAGAGCUUCUUGAUCAGAGAAACACAGUGUUCUGUGUGCCUUGGCGACUAUGAGUCCAAUGAGAGGCUCCAGCAGAUACCAUCUUGUGGGCACACAUUUCAUAUGGAGUGCAUCGAUAGCUGGCUUACCAAGAACACAACAUGCCCGCUUUGUCGAACCUCACUUAUACCAGUUCCAAAAGCUGCAGAGGCAUCAGCAUCAGAUGUUGAAGCUGGUAAUGUGCGUGCCGACAGGGAAGGUGAUGGUAUUGCUCAGUCUCAGAGCUCUGAUAGGGUUACUCAUAUUGUGGUGAAUGUUGAUUGUACUAUCCAAGUCGCACGUUGUUGAGCUUCAUAAUGAUUCAGAUCGUCUUGCGGGAUUGCUUGUCUUGGCAAUAGAUGCUGAGGUUCAAAUUACUUCCAAUUUCGCAAGUUAGUUUAAACAUCUCAGCGUUUUUACUCUCAUGUAUUCAGACAGGACACUUGUAAAAAUCUGUAUUGUACCACAUGGAUCUUAAAAUGGUUGUCCGAAAUUGUUUCAUGUCUACUAACAAUAGUGCAUAUGAAUCUCUCUCUCUC